AGUUACACGCAUGCGCUCAGACUCGUGCACGGCCCGCCCGCCCCGCAUGUCCGCCCGCUACGCAGCCUCGGCGUCUCUUCCAUCCGGGUCCUUCCUGAGCGCUGCUCGCCAAUAGGCGAGGAGGCGAGAGGCGUGCGCGUGCGCGCUGGAGGGCCGGCCUGGCUGGUUCCGAGGCUGAGGGGGAAGGGCGCUGCAUUGUGCGAGCUGCAGAAGCGGCAGCAAAAUGGCCGCUGCGCCGUCUGGGGCCGCCGCCGCCUCCUUCGCCUCCCCCGCCGCCUCGGCUACCGCUGCCUCGUCUUCCUCCUCCUCUUCUUCGGCCAGCGGCGCCCCGGGCCCCAACCAGACGCCGACGGAAAGCAAGAAAAUCACGGAGCUGCGGGUUAUCGACCUCAAGUCCGAGCUGAAGCGCCGCAACCUGGACGUGGCCGGCGUCAAGACCGUCCUCAUCGCUCGCCUCAAGCAGGUGAGGAGGAGGAGGAGCGGGGUAGGCCGCGGGCCCCGCAGCCAAGCGCCGACCUGGCCUGGGGAGGGAGCGGGGAGGGCGCGGGGCCUCCGUGGGCGCCCGGCUCGCCUUGCCUCCGCGGCCUCUCCCUCUCCCCGCCGCUCGGCGUCCUUCCUCUUAACCGCCUUCCAACGGAGAAGCGCGGCGGGCGGAAGGCUUUCCUGCGUCCCGUGAAGGCUUUUCUUCUUUUGCCCCCCGGAAUUUGCAGGCUGGUAGCGCAUUUCUCGCUUCGGAGACGCCGUGGGGUUUGGUAGGGCUUAAAAAACAGAAAACUAUUUCGAGGGAACUAUUUGUCGGCGGUUCUGUGGCAGUGGCUGUUCUGUAUCCUGCCCUGAGGUCUGCUAUAGGGCAGCCGAUAAAAAAUGUGCUUAAUAAAACAAAUGGGCGAGAUUGAAAGUGAGGGAAGGAGGCGGGAAACCCUCAGCAGUCAGCGAAGGAGGGCGUGUGUGGAGUUGAGCUUGUGCUCAGCUAAGUCACGAUGCAUCUUCGAUUUUAUUCUUUCCUCCAAGGAGCUCCGGGUGGUCUGCAUAGUGGUUGUCUCUCUCUCACCCCCCCCCCCAAAUACAGUGGUACCUCGGGUUAAGUACUUAAUUCGUUCCGGAGGUCCGUGCUUAACCUGAAACUGUUCUUAACCUGAAGCACCACUUUAGCUAAUGGGGCCUCCUGCUGCCGCCGUGCCGCCGGAGCACGAUUUCUGUUCUCAUCCGGAAGCAAAGUUCUUAACCUGAAGCACUAUUUCUGGGUUAGCGGAGUCUGUAACCUGAAGCGUAUGUAACCCGAGGUACCACUGUAUUUGCUCCGCACAACAACCCUGUGAGGUGAAUCAGACCAGCAGUUAAUGACUGGCUCAAGCUCUUCCAGUGAACUUCAUGGCUAAGUGAGGAUUUGAACCUGGCUAGGCUGACUGGUCAAACCAUUGUUGUCUCCUGAGAAUCAUUGCAUAUGGCUGUGCAUUUAUCAUUCAGUAAAUGUUUGUGAAGUUGUCUUGGAUCUCGCCUUCUAGAGGGUUGCUCAUACUACACUUAUUUUGAAAGUUCUGCAUUGGCUGCCUUAUCACUUCUGGGUUUAGCUUAAGGUGUUCAUGGUGUUUAACUUUUAAAACUUUAAAAGAUCUGGGACGCAAAUUCAUGAAGCAGCAUCUUUUCCCAUACCAGCCUACCCAUAUCUUAAGAUCUUCUGAAGAGGCCUGCUCCAAGUUCCUGCUUUUAUACUAUGCUUCUACAAAUGAGAUUCACAAACGAGAGUGAUAUUUUCUCUGGUGGUAUUCCAGAUUUGUAAUGCUCUUCCUAUGGUGCCAAUGUUACAGGUUUUUAGACACCAUGUGAAAACAUUUCUAUAUGCUUGGGCAUUUUAGAUUAGAUUAGAUUUUUAAAAAAUCAUGUCCAGGUCUGUUUUGGGGUAUUUUGCUUUGUUUUAUUGGAUAUUAUUGAAUAUUAUUAGGUUUCCUUUUAGUUUUAAAAUGGAUUUUUAUAUUGAAUGAAAUUUAUUUACUCUUUCUACACCACUGUGGAAUCUUUUAAUGAAGGGUUGCUAAAUAUUUUAAAGAAAGUAAAAUCUUGUUUGUUAGGUUUUCGAAGGCCUGUUGUAGUUUAAUGUUUGUACAGCACUUAUAAAUGUUGGGGGCUUCCUAAAUAACCAGAUUAUAUCUGGAACCCUUGGCAUAUUUAAGAAAAUCACAGUUUGUACUGAGAUCCAUGACAGUUAUCCUGCUAUAAGUUGUUUCUGGUAUCUGCAGGCAUAAUGUAGUGAAAGUUUUGUUAAUCACUAAUUUAAUGUGUUCAUGACAGACUUUUAAUUUGCAAACUGUUGAAUCCUGUACUGCUGCACCCCCAUUUCUUCACGGUUGUUACCCUAUUUGCAGAUGUCAUAAUUCCCGAGUCUUCGUUCUUUUGCCCAAGGCACAGAACAAGAGCAGCUUCAUAGGUUGAGUGUUAGAUUUCUUGAUUCAUUUAAGAACACUUUUAACCCAUUCUUCAUUGAAAGGCAAACUCAGAGUGGUGUACAGUAAAACAAAUUAAAAUUGCAGAUAAACAGCUUAGUCUAAUCACAGGGUAGGUAAAACCAACACCUGAGCAUUAGUAAAACAAGAAUCGAAAGAAAGAGAAAUAACCCUCCUACUUAACAAAACCUGUGCAAACAAAUAAUACUUUUAGCUGGCAAUGAAAAAGAAUUGGUGCCAGCCAUAACCAUGGAUUCUACAACCAUGGCACCACUACAGAAAAGGUCCCUGUAUGCUGUCUGUAUGGCAUAAUCAACAUGUGAUAGAAGUGAGCUGAAACUCAGUGACUUGCCCCUCACUUUUGAACACAGGUCAUAUAUUGCUUUCAAGAUGAACAUGGAUAAACUGUGAUUAAAAUACCAGAUUAACUGUGUUGGGUAUGGCCAGGAGAUUUAGUCCCCCUCCCCCCUGCUCCUCCCAUGCAUUUAUUGUUUUCUGCCCAGGACUACAAUUGUUUCAAGUACAUACUAGAUUGGUUUAACUUUGUGGGCACAGGUGUCUAAUGAUGCAUAUAUUGUUUGCAUGUCAUCAUUUAGUAUGGAGGACUGCUGCAUGACGUGUGCAGCUAUCGUGUACCUGUGGAAUUGCUUGGACUGUACCUGGGUCUCAUAUCCAUGCAUAACAGACUCUCAGAACAAUUAUAUUAGGUAGUCGGUCUGCUCAGUCUUGUUCAAGUUCAUUCAGAAGUCUCACUUCUAAGCAGGGAUGUGGGUGGAACAUUUUCUCAAAGGAGUAAUUUCCAGAGCUUUAUUUUUCCACGGUAAAAAAAUACUUAAGUUCUUUGGUAACAAUGAAUGGUUGCCAUUUGCAAAUAAAUUUUAGGCAACCUUGGCAAUUCCAAAGUUUUUUGUUUGAGUACAAAAUGCAAGUACAGUGGUAACCUCGGGUUAAGUACUUAAUUCAUUCUGGAGGUCCGUUCUUAACCUGAAACUGUUCUUAACCUGAAGCACCACUUUAGCUAAUGGGGCCUCCUGCUGCUGCCGCCACAUCGCCAGAGCACGAUUUCUGUUCUCAUCCUGAAGCAAAGUUCUUAAACUGAAGCACUAUUUCUGGGUUAGCGGAGUCUGUAACCUGAAGCGUAUGUAACCCAAGGUGCCACUGUAAAAUAUCCAAAUACUACGGGGGUGGGGGUGGGAGGAGGCUGUGACCAUUGUUCUUGAUGAUUGGACAUGCAGACUGGGGCUUUAAGGGGAAACAUGCUGUGCUUGUAUUAUUUAAUUAUCAUAAUUAUUGUCAUUCUGUGCUACUUUUCCUCUUAUAGGAGGAAGUGCAGUAUAGGGUAGUUUACAGCAUAAUAAAAUUUGAUCUUAAGAAAUCAUGUUAGAUAUUAAAGCUACAUAGCUAAACAAAAAAACCUAACUCAUCCCAGGGACAUUUAAAUUUCUUGUGAUGAUGCUGGUAUGAUCCUGUUCAAUUAAAAUUUCUGUGGCAGUCAAUCAGUGAGGUCUCUCAAUUAUCCCUCUAUAUAUUUUCACUGGAAUGAAAUCCAAGGAUACUUUGCAGGAGAAACUGGAGAAGGAGAGAAACUUGCACAUGGUUAGGCAGCUUAAGUCACAUUGAACUCAGUGACAAAGGUGUAUCUAGGGUCCUUUGCACCCUUGCCAAGGAGUGAUAUCUGCACCCCCCCAAAAAAAACUUCACCCAUGUUUGAUCUCACCACUUAUUGAACAUACAUUUAACCUAUAAUUAUCACUGACUGGGGAAGGGACACCAAGGGUCGUUUAGUCCAACCCCCUGCAAUGCAGGAUUUUUUAUUUUUGUAUCUCAUUACCAUUCAGCUCCCAUUUUAUAAUUUUCUCCUUUGUAUGCCUGUUGGAGGGGUGUGAGGAGAUGAUGAAUAUUUCCACCCAUACUGUCUGAAAUUGUGAUAUUCAAAAGUAAGGACAGCAGGGUUGAGGUUUUAUGACCUUAGUUUAAAAAAAUCAGCAUUAUGAAAUUCUUUAAGAUACGUGGUGACAAUAAUUAUACACAAUAUUCCAGGAGCAGCUACAGAAUAGACUUGUAUAAGGCCAUUAUGAUAUUUCCAUUUUUUUCCAAUCCUUUUCCUAAUGGUCACCCAUUUUGCUGCUGCCACAACCUGGAUCAACUUCUUGAGCUUUCCACUAUAAACCUAAGAUCUCAUUCUUAGUCAGUCACCGCAAGCUCAGACCUCAAUAGCAUAUAUGUAAUGUUAGAAUAUUUUGCCCCAGCAUGCAUCACUUUACAUUUGUUAACACUGGACCAGAUUAAACCAUUCACCCAGUUUGAAGAGAUCCUUUUGGAGUGCCUUACAGCCUCUUUUAGUUUAAACUACCCCAAACAACUUGGUGUCAUCUCCAAGAAGGGUUAGAAAGAUGCUCUGUCUCAUGCUGCAGACGUAGGUUCAAAAAGCAGAUGACAACACAUCCAGUAAAUCUCACUGUCACAAAUGGGCAGGACUGGAACAAAGAAUUAGACCAGAAUGGGUUUCUUAUCUAUUUCAAAAUAGAAGCACUUACACUGCUCCCUCCAUACCAGAUACACAAAAUCAAACUUCAGAAUGGGCAGGCACACACGAAGGACGGCCCACCCCCCUGCAAAAAGCCUCCUUUUUGUCAUAAUUUCCAGUUUGCUCUCCCCACCCCCAUGCUCAACCUGCAUUCCUAGAAAAAAAAGAUGCAGCAGAAUCCAAAUAAAGGGAUCAAACCUUUGUUUUUCCAGGCAAGCCAGCAAAAAUAAUACUAUGAGAAGAAAUAAAAGGCAACAUGAGAAAAGCGGCAUUGCUUUACUGCAAGGUGGAUUUGAUUUAAAUCAAAUCAAUUUAAAUUACGAUUUAAAUCCCUAGUCAGUAAGGCUUGAUUUAAAUCACCGGUCAGUAAAACUUGAUUUAAAUCUUUUUUUUACAGAGAGACUCAUUGCUGGUAUAAUGCUAAUAUUGACAACCAUAUGAAGGUUUCAUUUUUGGAAUAAUAAAUUUUCAGAGUAGUUUUCACAGUUAUAUCAAAAAUUACUGAUUCGGUUAUACUAUUAGAAAUACAUAGAGAAUUAUGAAAUUAUGGUGAGGUUUAAUAAGUUAACUGUUUAUAUUUGGAAAACUUUUCUGCUGUACUUUAUUGGAAGGAGAAAAAUAAUUAUUUCCUUAAUAACCAUUUAAACAAUUUAUUUAACUAAAACAAGAACAUUAUAGCAUAUGUAUCCAUGUUUGUUAACUGAUGUGGUUAAACAUUUUUUUUUAAAACCCACCUUAGACUGAGUUUUAGCAUGCAUGAAAAACUUAAAUCCUUAUUUCCUGAUGAAUAGCCGUUGGACUAUAAUGUAACCUAAACAGAAGACUAUCUUUAGAAAGAUUUUUCCUCCAAAAGCAUUUUAUUUUAAAAAUCCAUUUUAAAUAAAAAAAAAAUCUGAUUUAAUUUUUUUUAAAAACCGAUUUUUAUUUUUAAAUCAUUGAUUUUUAUCCACCCGGCUAUACUGCUAGAUAGGGCUGGGCCAAGUCAGCUUUUCAACACAGCGAUGUAUCACCAGCCAAACAUCACAAUGUGGCAAUACAUCACAGUGUUGAGAUGAAGGGGAUGCAACACACACACACACCCAAGUUAGAAGAGGGGAGGGAUGAGCGCCAUCUUCCUGCUUUGUGUUGCUCGCUAGCCUCCCCAGCACCACAAUCUCUUCCCCUAGGAUAGCUGCUUUCCCAAGGAGCCAAAUUCUCCUUUGGGUUCCGCUGUGCUCCUGUCUGAUUUCAAGCAUCCUUCACCGCACACCCAGUCCUCUGUGCCCCAUCACCCAUCUACCCCCCCCUCCCCGAUUUCAAACAUCCUUCACCACACUCCUGAUUCUCCGUGCCCCACAGAGGCCUAGGAAGAGGAUGCCCCCAGCCUUAGUGGCCCAAUGGAGACUGGCCAAACGUGAGGCCAGUACCUUACCUUGGGCAUUGCUGGGCCUGCAUGGCAGAAAGGCUCCCCUUCACCAGGCACUUGGCUCCCAGGCAGGCAUUGCACACAGCAGGCACAAGAAAGGCCAGAGCAGUGCUGGCCCGCAUGCCCGGCUUCCUACUUGUCUGUCCGUUCCCAACGGCAGGGGCUGGUGGACUGGCUGGCUAGGUAGGCUCCCUCACCCAGGUGUUUGCUUACUCCAAGGCUGCCUCUGUUGCUGGCAAUCAGCACCCACUGGCCAGCCCCAGAGGCACCAUUCGCCUGUGGAGCUUGUAGCCAGGGCUGCUACAACAUACAGCUACACAAGCUUUUGGGAGGCAGAGAGAUGAGAGGGCAUCAGAGGGAAGGAAAGAGGGACUGAGGUUGGUGUUGCCCGCGGCACCCCUGACCACCAUUCAAGGCACCCCAGGGGUGACUUCUCAUUAUUAUAAAGUGGUAUUAGGAUCUUCCUCAAGCACCUCACCAGAACUAUGCAAUAUGAAUUACAUUUUGUCCUUUGCAAAAUGCCCUUAACUUGAAGUUUAUUGUAUCAGUGCAAAAACUAAAUUGUACUUCAUGAGUAAAAUGUUUGUAUAACCCAGUCCUGUGUUUCAUUUUGUUAGGCUAUUGAAGAAGAAGGAGGGGACCCGGAUAAUAUUGAAAUAGCUGUCUCAGCUGACACUCCAAACAAGAAACCAACCAAAGGAAAAGGUCAGAACUUCUGUGAAAGUAAACUUUAUGAAAAUGGUGAUGUUAGUUAAAGAAUCUGCUACUGAAUUUUAAAACACAUUUCUACAAGUAAAAGGUAUCCUGGUAUUUAUUGAGAUACUAAUUAGCUGAUAGCCUUGUCUUGAUCACAUCAGUUUGUUUGAAGCCUGUGACUACACUGCCCUUUGUUCCUUUAUAGUACAAAUGGCUAAUUUGCUAAUCUCCAGAUGUUACCAGACUCCAACUCCAGUUUUUGCCAUCCUGGCCAUAAUUGGGGCUUCCGGGAGUUCUAGUCCUUCAACAUAUGGUAGCCACUCUUUCUUUCUUGGCUCAGUCAACAUUUAAAAUGUAUGCCUUGUUUUUCUUAACAUAAAAAGCAUAGCUAUCAGUAUAGUUAGUGGUUCAGCUGAAAAUUUUGACUGAAAUUAUUCUUCUAAAUGCAUUUGAUUCAUCAUCAUGAGUUUAUUGUUCUAGCCAAAAGCCAUGACAAACUUGUAAAAUCAUACAGAACAUAAAUGUAUAAUAUAAGAGAGAAAAGGUACCAGAGGCACAAACAAGCUUAAAUCUAACUUAAUUUCAUAUUACACCUCUCUAUCACCAAAACAACUCAUAGCAAUUUUAUCUAAAACACAUUUUUCCUGAACUUUUUAGCUUCCAGUGUGUAGAGGGCCCCUCCAUUAUUGUCAUUCAAAAGAAACUCAACCAUUUCUGCCAGAGUGUAACUGUUUGCUCGAGAGAACAAAAGUUUCCGAAAGUGAUCUCCUGGAUCUCUAUAUAAAGAGCAGUCUAACAGAUAAUGCGUGAUGUCUUCCACCACAAAGUAUUUCUGCAUACGGGACCUUGUUAUGGUAAUGGCCAUCGAAGGUUGCAGUUGGCGUCACUUGGAAACACAGCUCAAUAAAGGCAUUUGGUCAGAUAACUAGCUCUGAAAUGCUUUGUUGUCAGGAGUGGGUACUAAGGAAGAAAUAUGGUUUCAAGUCCUUUCUGGAUUCUAGCGAGAAGAGCCAAUCUCUUAAUUGACACCAGUGUUCGAAAUUAACCAGUCGCUAGCCUUUUUUUUGUUUUUUUUUUUUUUUUUUUUUUUUUGCAACUCAAGACCACCACCUGUCGACCAAGUUCAGCUUUUCGGUCGCAUGCUCUGCAGCUGGCUGUGCAGGAGAGCUGAGGGGAACAUCUUUGACUGAAUUUGCUCUGAGGACUGCUAGGAAGCUCCAAUACAAAAAAAAGCAGGCCACCAAGCCAGCCAGCCUUCCUUCAGGUCCUAGAGAAGGCUGCUGCAUGCUUAUUGCAGGUAGCACAGAGGAGAACAAGUGCUGCUCCUAGUUGCAAAAGGAAGCAUCUUUUACCUCAAUAAGCCAGCCCCUGCUCCCACAAGCUGAAGGCAGGAGGGUCUCUCUACCCAAGAGGAGAAGGUCGCCCACUAAUGUUUCCCAUUUUUUUAUGUCAGAAGACAACCCUCCCAAUACCACAAAUUGCAAAAAGAACCAAUUUUUUUAAACAAAAAAUAAAUAAAUAGAAAGUGCUGUUGCAUUGGGGGCAGGGAAAUGGUGACUAACCAUUCUGUUUUUGUGCCCACAACCCAGGUUCUAGGAGACAUUUGGUGAAUAGUUUUUGCAUCUCAGUUUCUAACAGUGAUUGACAGUUAUUCAAGGUCAAUGUAGAGUUCAGUUCUGGAAAAUAAUAAUAGUCUAAAACACCUUGCCAAAGUUAAUUAUCACCCAAUUCCGUAUAGCACGGCACAGAAAAACACUCAAUUGGCAUAGUAGUGAUUCUUUUAAUAUAUUUUAACUAGAUGCAGUCCGCUCUUGCCUCACAGGUUGACCACUUGUAUUCUAUACAUGGAUAUUGUGCACAUUUCCCAAAACUUUAAUGGAGUUGAAACAGACCCACAAAUUUCAAUGCCAUAGGGCAUUUGAGUAAGCACUGCUACCAAAUAACUUUAGGGCAGGUUCAUUCAGCUUCCCUCCCUUAUUGUAAUAGAACAUUUAUCAAUGCCCCUCUGAUUUUCUAGGCUUGGACAUUCCAUUUGACACUUCCAAGAGCCAGUUUCUCUAAAGAGUACACCCAAGUAUCUAAAUGAGGCAGUUUGUUCUAUAGCUUGCUUCUCCAAACACCAUUUAUACCAAGGUCUGUCUUUGCCAAAAUCAUAAUCCUGGUCUUAUAGCAAUUCAUAGAUAGGCUUUCCUGUUUACAGUAUUUAGUGAGCACCUCCAGGAGAGUUUUGAGUUCCAGUCAGGAAAGUGAGAGGAGCACUAAAUCAUCUACUUACAUCAAGAUUGAGAUCAUUCUGUUCCUAAUCACCAGAAAGUUAAAAGGCCUGGGAGCCAGUAUGCAACCUUGCUUUCACUCCUCAUGACAUUUUAAAGGCAUCAGUCAUACUACCAUUUAAACCUACUGUGACCCUCAUUUUUGUGUUUCUGCAUAGUUCUUGAAUCAAUAGCAGAAGUCUAUAGUCGAUGUUGGCAAUUUGAAAUUUCUUGCACAGUCUAUUGCAAUUAAUAUAAUUGAAUGUAGCAGACAGAUCUAUAAAGGUUGCAUAGAUUAUUCUUAAUGUUCUUAGUAUAUUUCUUUAUAAUAUGGUUCCAAGUAAAACAUUGAUCAGUGGUACUGUGUCCUCUGAACCCUGCUUAUUCUUCAUGAAUAAAGUUACUUUGCAGCCAGUUUGAUAACAACCUAAUUGGCUGGGCCCACCUGUGCAUAAGUGAAGUGCAUGUAAGUGGAGAACACCCUGGAGAGUCCUCAUGGCUCCUGAAGAGACCUUUCCCAGAGCCCAAAGAGGACUUCCUCUUCAGGCUCUGGGAAAGGUCUCUUCAGGAGUCGUGAGGACUUCGGAGCCAGAGCCCAAAGAGGAAGUUCUCUUUGGGCUCCGUGGUAUCCUUGCAGAGUCCAGAGGGGCAGCAGGGCUUUGUUGAGACUGCUCUGCCUCCCACCUAACAGCUGAUUUGCAGGGUACUACAGCUGCAGGUGCUUCCCUACACAUCAGCAGAGCAGCUCAAGAAAGUCCCACUGGCCCUCCAGCUCGUGAGGACACUCUCUCCAGAGCCCAAAGAGGACAUUGGGGAGUUGCCUGUAUUUAAAGAGUGAAAAAAAAUGUUCCCUUAUUUCCAGGAAGUUGUACUUACAUAAAUUAUGUAAAAUUUCAGCUUUUCCCAUCACAAGUUCUAUAACAAUGAAAGUUUAAAUAUAAUUUAACAUAAAGAGCAUGCUGUCAUACAAGUAGCUUAUGUUGUGCAGUAAAGAUAAAACUUUGCUCAGUAAAUUUACUGAAGAUUUUGUUUUGUACUAUUUGAGGGGGAAACCAAAAAGUUUUUUUAAAAAAGAACUUUCAGUUGAAAAAUUACAGGCCAAGCUAUGAAUUUGUGGAAGCACAGCUGCUGAAAAAUAAAUCACCCAUUGCUAAAUCAAAUUGAGUGAUGUGAUUCUCUGCUCAACUGAGCUAAAUAAAGAUAUUCAAACACUUUUUUUUGCCCAAAUUGAGUGCUUUUCAAGGUGGGCAUCUUGAGUUCCAAGGAAUAGUGUUUAGCAAAGUGGCUUUUCUGGAAAAAUCUGAAACUGCCACGUUUCCUUAAUAUUGUGUCGGCAUCAUUGUUACUAAUUUACUUGUGAAGUAAAAAAAUUUCCAUAGAAAAAUUAAGAAUUGGGAUUUUUUCACUUUUGGAAACAUUUGUUCAAAUCAUCUUUAGUAGUAUGGGUAUUCUAACCCCACAGGAACAGUGACUACUGGGGCAUGUGAAUACUACCUGUUCUUUGUUUUUAGUGGUGUACAUUAAAUUUACAAACACCUUAGAAUAUUUGGCUGUGGCAGUUGUUUGGUUAGUAAAAAAAUUGAAAGCAUUAAGUUGGUUUAGAUUCAUUUAUUUUAAAGGGUCAUUCCAUAUCAUGUCAUCCAAUUUUCUUAAUAUAUUGUACACUUGUUGAAUGACCAAAACUAAGUUUAAAUCUAAAAUGUUUAUUUUUCAUAUCAUCCCGUUUUUUUAGUUAUGAAGGUUUGAAGUUUGUUUGUUUUUUAAAAUGGCAAUUUUGUGUAUAAUCCUCUAGAUUAGGCUGAGAGUUGGUGACUGGCGGAAGGUGAGAUUCAUGGCCAAGUGGGCAUUUAGACCCUGGUUUCCCAGGUCCUAGUCCAACUAACCGCUGCACCAUGCUGGCUCUCAGACAGAUAAGGAUAUGUUGUUGAUGAUGAUAAAAUUUAUUGUUAAACCCCGUCCAUCUGGCUGGGCUUCCCCAGCCACUCUGAGUGGCACUCACAUGGCACUCAAAUAUAUCUAUUGAGGGACAUGAAUGCUCUACUCAUGUGGAAGCCUUAACCUCUAGUAGAAUUUACAGAUUAAUUUGUCUGAUGUUGACGUCACAACCUGGGGCAGCAAAUGUACCCCUCAGCUUUUUGUGAACUCUUAACUCCUUGAACACAAAUGUGUUACUUGAUGAUACCUGUUUGGAAGAUUUCUUUGGCUAACAAGGAGAGUUGUAUAGAUACGCAAGUGACAAUGUGAUAUGAAAAUAUGAGUUCAAGCCAUGUGUUACUUUCAAGAAGGGGGUAUUCUGUGAUUCCUGUGGAGCAGGGCCAAGUAGCAAUGCAUGAUCCUAGGGCCAGUAAUGCAGCCACACUGCGCAGUAGAAUAACACAUGAAGGGGAUGUUAAUGAUGAAUUUCCAUAACUGAGAGGCAGAGAUGCUCACUAAUUCAAAUCUUUUACUUGAUUGCAGGCAAUUGCAGAAGACUAUCAAUCUAGAUUGUCACAGUAUAUAUUUAGAUGAAGUUGAUUAAGUUCUGUCUGCACCACAAGCUCCCCCCCCCAAAAUUUAAUGUGAAUAAGGCUUCCUACAACAUUCAAUAUGUUGUUGCUAUGGUUUGUUUCUACUUGGGGUAAGGGGCUAGGUGAUUGGUUGUAUGUUUUUUGGUUAGAUUGUUUUUCUGGAGUGCCUUAUGCGUUGAGGGCUUUCCUGAGUCUUGUGGUGAGAGAGACACUUGAAAUGGAGCAGAUACAAGCUUGUCAUUGGCAUAUCAUGUCUUUUAGGUAAAAAGCAGGAAACUGAUGAAUUAAGUGGUGAUACUUCAGUGGAAGAUGAUUCCAUGGUCAAGGUAAUUCUGCUAUGAAAAAUAAAACUGGGGAUCCAGUCCUAAGUUUUGCCAAUUCAUUCUCACUUCUAAACAAUUUUGACUGUAAACCGUCUUUGAUACUGAAUUUGCAGUUUAUUGUUAUUCAGACUAAGUUAGAUGCUCUUGGUUCCCUUUGAUUUCAGUGGGAGUUAAGUCAUCACUAACACGUCCCAUUGAGCUCAGCUUCCUUCAUCUGCAUACAGUUCUAUGAGACCUUGCAUACCAACUGUAACAAAGUAUUGUUGGGCAAGUUAUCUGUCAAGGAAGCAUGAACGCUUUGUAAUUUGAUGAAGAGACCUUAUGUUUAGUUAGAAUCCUAGGUUUUAAGGCUACUGAACUCAAGAUACAAGCAAUUUCCUUCUGAUAUAUUAAGUUUAAGUGUUGCUCCUAUUGAAAGGAGAGUGAACUGGAAGCUCAAGAUGCAAGUGACCAGGAUGGAAAUGAUGAAUUGAAAGAGUCGGAAGAAUCUGCAGAAAACGGAGAGGAAUCCUUGAAUUCUAAAGCGGUGCCUCGUGUAGACAAGAAGAAAACUCAUUCAAAGCAGACAGAGAAGGACUUGGAAAUCCAGGUAUACUUCAAUAUAAGCAAAUUAUUAGGAUGGCGCCUACAACUUUCCUUUCAAAAUUUGUUCCAUUAAGAUUUCAUAAAUUCACCUUCUUCCUUGCCCAUGAUGAUUGCCUGUCUCGUCUUGGGUCAGUGCCCCUACUUCCACAGCAACAUCCACCUCGUUGCUGUUGCUGCCUCAUACAAAAGUCAGGCCUUUCCUCCAUGAACAAAGUGGAGAGGGAAAAGGGGUACAAAUUCCCUCAGGAAGGAGCAAUGAUGGAAGCAACAGAAAUAAGUGCUUUGUUUCCAUUUGUGUAUGUGCUAAUCUGUUGCCUCCUCUCAUCCACUGUGCAAUGUGAAUGUUUAAACCAAUGGAGCUCUUAUGCACCAGCCUGAACCUCCUCUGCAGCUAUGCUGGCCUGGUCCAAAACUGGGAAUAUAAUUCUAGCUUGCAAAGCAGAGCCUUUGGAAGACAAGUAUGAAGCGCAGUCUGGCAGCUGGUCUGUGAUUGCUAGUUUUAUUUUCAGUGAAUUGGCAGAUUCACAGGUGGUAAACAAGUGCUGGGAGGAUUGCAUCCAAGGAUGGGUGGGUAAAUUGGUUUAACCUUGCUUCUCCCUUCUACCAUGCAGUCCUAAUUAUCCCCACCUUAAUCCCAAAUGCACUCUUCAGAGAGAGAAAACAAAGGCAACAUAAAUGGAGAAAGUGCCAUUUUAGAAACCCAAGCUUAAGUGAGCAACAAGAUGUAAUUUCUCCUCUCCUCCAGUUCAAUUGUGACAUUGGAAAGAGGUGUCAUCUGAAUUACUCAUGGUUGCUUCAGGUUCUGUGCGGCAAAACACACUUCGUUUCUAUUUAUCUGUCUUUCAAGGCCCCUUCUGUGUGAUGCCAUCACUCUCAUUGGACAUGAGAAGAGCUGGCAUUUAUGAAGUUGUUGGUGGGAUCAAGAUGUCAGUGUGAACCUUUCCCCAACCUAUUCCCACUUACUUGGGAGUAAGUGCCAUGGAACUCUGAGACUUACAUAUGACUAAGCCUGCUUAGAAUCAAGCUGUUAAGAACACUUUCCUAAGCUAAAUAUAGCAAGGGAGAACAGUAGUAAAAUAAAAUAAUUCCAUUGAUCCGCCCAUGCAAGAAGAUAAAAGUCCUGAAUAGGAUUUACUGCCAUGGGAAACAAUUAAUUGUCCAAAUUUUGAUACAGCUACAGAACUUGUAGUUCUUUGAGCUGAACAAUCAUAACAACCAACACAUAUUUGAUUAGACACAACCUCUCUGUUUGUCAUCUUCCCUAAAUCUUCUUUUGGCAGAAAUGUUUGUUUGCAAGUGAUGCUGGGAUGAGUACAUUGCUAGAAAAUGAUUGGCCAUCAGUUCCAGACUCAGUUGAUGCUAAGAUCUAAUUUCCCUUUGCUUCUUGCCUCUUGCUGCAACUGUGUAGUGUAAAAAGUGCAUUAACUGCCAGCGAGAGUGUUUACCAUUUGUGACAGUUUUUCUGGGGGAACGGAGCUCCUUGCUUCCCCAUAUGUCUCCAGAGAUUGGAGUGGGGAAGAGAAGCCUUUCUGUCCUGUUGCAAGGUAUUGUGGUGCUCUCUGGUUCAUGGAAGAACCUUAUUAAGGCGAAACCUUCGCAUGGCACUGUUGACAGUAGCUCAAUUUAUGGACAGUUUGUGACUUGUCAAAUAAUAUUGUUCAGUAACUUUAAUAUAUUUGGAAAUGGAGACUGCCCUUUGUAAGCUCAAGAAAGGACUUGGUGUGGUUUUCAUGGGUCUGAAAUUUUGGUUGCCCAGCCACAACUGUGCAGAAGAUGAAACAAAGAGAACUCAAUGAGCUUUGUUCGGCUGGUCAGCAUUCUGUUAGACAGGUCUGCUCCACUGCAGGAAAUUAUGGCAAGGUAAAGAAACUUGCUUAAGCAGAGGGUUGUAACAUUACCAGCUGUCCCUUAGAAGGCAUCUUCUCGUUACUGCUCACCUCCCCAGUGGGAGUGAACCACACCCAAGGCAACUUGUAAAAAGCAGUUGUCAUUCAAAGUGCAAGUUCUUGGUUAGUGCAUUUGCUUGCUUCUGAAGUAAGCCAACUUACUUAGGCUGUCUUUGUUUAUUUCCUCAUGUUAGGCCAGCAAUAUUCGAGAUACAGAAGAUGAAAGCUUUUCCGCUAGUCAUGUAAGUUUCUAAAUUGCCUUCUUAAACCUGAUUAGAAAGCUGAUUAUAUUUGAAUUCAGCUAGAAGGAAUCUAUAAGGACCACCUUUAAAGUGUCAGGUUUAGUUGCAUUGUAGAAAGACUUUGUAUACCUUAAUCUCUGUCAUCUAAUUCCACAAAACUACUGAAAUAAAUACCAUGUGUUGUGGACUAUUGAUGAGAUUAUGGCUUGCACCUUACUGUCUCAAACCAGACUACUUAACUGUUCCCAGAAUAUUCCAGGAUAUCCCUGGGUCUGGUGUAGCACAUUGUGCAAACUAGUGCCUAUGCCCCCCCCCCCCCCCAUUUUAUUUUAUUUUUAAAAUAUUGCCCUGCAUUGGCUUUGCUCAACAGUCACCACUGCUGGAGAUGGAUUCUUCCUUCUUGUGUAGUGAAAGAGCAGCCUUCACUAGAGUUAGUUACUUGCUCUGAACCAACUUUUAAUAACAUCUGAAGGAAGGUGAACUUGCCUUGAAACAAGGGUUUGGGGUGCUAUUUAAGGGGCACCACAAGGGAGGGAGAUGAACCAUUAGCAAGUUUGACAGCACUAGUUCUAUUGAAAUGUGUGGGAGCAGGAUAAUUUCAUAAAUGAGAAGGAUGUCUCUUGGGUUGCUGUACCUCGGUCACCAAAAUCUUGCGGAGUUGUGUGGUCUUGGAUUACAUAUAUAAGACAUUUAAAAGGCUACCACUGGAAAUUUUAGGACUUCCUGAAUAAUAGUCAAAAGGGAAAUGGCAGUUCCUUCCCUAGAUCUCAUAGUAUGUUUUUGGAGUUUCCAUAUCGUAGACAAAUCAUUCUUGGAAAUAGUGGAAGCUAUGGACCAUCCACUAGUACUAGCUUAGAAUGUAAAGCCUAAUAGAUUUCAGCUGGGCAGAUAUCUGUUAAUUGAGUCUUUGCCUUAUUAGAACAGGCACCUCAGUUUGUUCCUCUAGAUUGCCACUAGUUUACUGGCUCUGUUUAAAUUGAAUCCUAAUCUGGAAUGCUUAUUCAAUUUUUAUUUUAUUUUACAGGAUGGAGAUGAAGAGAAUGAGAGAGGUAUGUUAGAAGUUCAGUAGAGUUUUGAGUGUUCUAAUAUGCUUCAAGUUGCCUUUUGUAAAUGGCAGGUGCACCAGUUGAUUCUCUAUCAGGCAUUUCAGCUAUAUCUGUGCCUUUGCAAUGAAGAGUGGUUGGAUCCAUGCUCUCUGUUGGCUUUUCUGCUUUUAAAUUGUGCAUGUGCCUAUCAGUUACUUCAGUGGAUGUUGUUACAUGCAUAUGACCACCACAUUCCUUUAAUGGAACAAAGAUCCCAGACUCCGUAGAUCUGAAUCUUUUUUCUCUUUUUUGGGGAGUGGGGGGUACGGUAAGUCUUUAUGUCUAUACAUUCUCUUGCACUGCAGUAACAGAUAGGUGCCAGUUGAAUAUUACGUAUUCUGCAGUUUGCAAGCCAUUUGAACUACGGGCCACAUUCUGCUUCCACACAUUGGCAAUUGCCACAUCAUGCUUUACAGCCUCACAUGACAUUUUGGAACAAGUAACAAUGGAAUCAUCUAAUCAGCAUUGCCUUUAAAAGCUACAGAAACCCACCCUGGCUUCACAUUCUUGCUAAAGAAGACUUCUAGAGAGCAUGCUAAGGACCUUGCAUGUUGUGGACUAAAGGACAUGGAAUCAUUGUGACUGAAGCAUAACAGUGGAAAUCUUGAAAGGGCACUUGUGGGUGUCAGCCACAGACUUGUGUUUGGAAGGGAUCCGAAGGCAGAAGCUUUUGUGGAACGUAAGAAUGCUGAUGGAAACACUGUUAACAGAACUGAGAGUAUUGACCCCAUGGACACAGGAUGAAGACUCCGCAUCCUUUCUGAACUUUGGCCUAAGUUGGUGCAUGAACAAGAACAGCCGACACCUGCGACUUCACCAUGGCUGACAGCAAGAGUUGGAACGCAGAGGACAGUGGUUAUGCAGCUAUGAAGGAUUCGUCUAUUGAACUAUGAGCCAUUAGAAGGAUAUUGGAAGACAAAAAGACUUGUCAGUGGAAGUGUAGAUAUACUGACAAGCAGUCACUAUUUGGUCAUGAAGAAAAACUUCUUUGUACAUUAAUGUCAACGGUGGAAGCCAGAUACUUGUAUUGAAGAACAGGUAUCUGCUGGAUGGAACCUUUGUCUAACUUCUGUUCUAUUUUGGUAUUUAUGUCUAGAGAAUUUGUUUGCCAUGAAGAAUGAGUGAUCCUGGGUAAAGGAUUGGUUUAUAUGUUAAUGCCCCUUAUGCUUUCCUCCCCCCCCCAACCUUCCAUCAGUUCUAAUAACUGGCUUUGUAUUUUCUAGGUCCUCUCUUCUAGCUUAUACAUAUGCAAAUGUUUAAACUUCUUGUUUUGCCAUAUUUAUUCCUGUUAAAUCCUCUUAGAUAAAGCAGGUUCUGGUGAUGGUACACAAGAAGUAUCUAAGCCUCUUCCUUCAGAAGAGAGCCUAGCUGAGGCUGAUCACUCUGCUCAGGAAGAGAUGGAAGCUAACGUGUCUGUGAAAGAAGCUGAGGAUGAUAACAUAUCGGUUACAGUCCAGGCCGAAGAUGCCAUCACUCUGGAUUUUGAUGGGGAUGACCUUCUAGAAACAGGUAAAAAUCUGAAAAUUACAGAUUCAGAAGCAAAUAAGCCAAAAGACGGACAAGAUGCCAGUGCACCGAACCUGGAGAAGGAAAGCAAGGAUUAUGAGAUGACAGAGAACCAUAAAGAUGGUAAGAAGGAAGACUGCGUGAAGGGGGAUCCUGUCAAGAAGGAAGCCCGAGAAAGCUCGAAGAAAGCAGAAUCUGGAGACAAAGACAAGGAUACUUCGAAGAAAGGUCUCUCGUCUACUGGGGCCUCAGGUCAAGCAAAGAGGUUUGUCUUUCUAUGUCAGUUCUUUAAGAUACUGCCAGCAUUCGAUAAGAUCACUCUGCAUUAAGGGGGUAGCAGCAAGAAACUUAUAAUUAGUAUCUUAUGCUCCUGCCUAUAAAAUGUUUUGACGGCCAUAAGUUACCUGUGUGUUCCUUAAAAAAAAAUCGGGAUCUUCAUAUAUGCUUUGUCCUGCUGGCUGCAUUGGCGAAUUGACAGCAUUUUAUUUUUUAUUUUUUCAAAUAGUCAAGUUUUAUGUAUCCUUGUGAUGAUGGUAAUGAACAACUCUCAGUUCUGAGAAACACCAGUAUGAAGUCAAGUCCCAGUCCUGAAAGGUGGAGAAGAUUACCAUAUCCACUGAAUAAAAUUGUCAGAAAAUCUAGAUCUUCGGGCAUCUUGGGGAAAAUCAGUGCAAGAAAACCAUGAUGAGGGAAAAUCACUUUUCCUCAAAUAACAGUCCAGCCCUCCUUUUUUUUGUUUUUGUUUCCUUUUUUUGAAAUGACUUGCUUAAUAAUGUAAGAUUCUGGACAAGCAAAUUCUGCAUGUUCAAUUUUCUUUGAUUUGUUCCUCCUUUUAGCUCUACUAAGGAAUCUAAAGAAAGCAAGGCUUCAUCAAAGGAUGAAAAAGGUAAUGUGUCCUUCGUGAUAUGUUGCUAUCUUGGAUCUGGCAGCAAGGCCAUGAGACUAGAACGCUUCAGGGGUGUUUCUGCCUGUCCCGGAGGGGGUGAUGCUUAUGCCCUCCUCACCUUCAGGUUUUUUCCUUUCCGCUAUACAGCCUGGCUUCAAUUAGCUGAUUUGAAAGGGGUUUUUUUACACAGCAGGCUACUUCUAAGUGGGGUGGUAUGACUGUACAGUGGUGCCCCGCAAGACGAAUGCCUCGCAAGACGAAAAACUCGCUAGACGAAAGAGUUUUCUGUUUUUUGAGUCGUUCCGCAAGGCGAAUUUCCCUAUGAGCUUGCUUCGCAAGACGAAACGUCUUGCGAGUUCUUGCGAGUUUGUUUCCUUUUUCUUAAAGCCGCUAAGCCGCUAAUAGCCGUGCUUCGCAAGACGAAAAAACCGCAAGACAAAGAGACUCGCGGAACGGAUUAAUUUCGUCUUGGGAGGCACCACUGUAGUUACUUUAGAUGACCAGAUGUCAAUCUUGCUCCACUGCUACUUUUUAUGCUAUUGAGUGAGUGGGGAAACAUUGUAGAAGCAAAAGUGUUCCUUCCAUUGCUACUAACUUGUGCCUGUGUCUUAACAAACGUUUCCCCAAGCAUCUUUGUGGAGUAGGAGGAUCCUACUGAAUAUAUCCUUAGUUGUAUUCCAAAUAUUGUUUGUUACUCGAAAAAUGUGUCAUGCAUCCAGUUGAUGAUUACAUUGCUCUGUUGUAUUCUCAUCCUAGAAAGAAUCUAUAGAUUGUUCAUGCUAGGUAGUAAAGUUAAUUGUAAAUGAAAUUUUAAAUAGAAGACAUCUUCAUUUGAGACAAUGGUCUCCUUACAAGAUGGCAUCUGAAAUGAGGUGAGAAAUCCUAGGCUUGGGCAUUUGACUGGUCAGGUACAGUCAGCAAAUAAGUUAACUUCUUUAAAUUUAGUGGAUUACUAUAACUUAACAGUUUUUGGUAAGGUUUUUGUAACUGAACAAUUUCAGUGGGCAGUGUCUUUAGUUUCCCCCCUGGAAUACUUAGGGCGGCCUAUCAUUAUACUUUUUAAAAAUGAAUUUCAAAUAAGUAAAACAAAAUAACAGCACAAUAAAAAAAAUCAGUUGUGCUAAUAGAGCCAAUUCUUCAAGCAUGAGCUUCAUUAUGAAGGAGAUGCUGCCUGGUUUCUGGAGUAAGCAGGAUUGAGACAUAGGCUAUCCUUGGCAAGGGCAUUUGCCACUAACUGCUUAUAUUCCUAUUUGGAGGAGCCUGCAGUUACUGCAGCCGGUCCAUAGAAGCAGCUUUGCACUGCUCCUGUGUGUUUGCCCCUGACUACUGCAAGGCUUGGCUGCAAACUGCCUUUUCUGCCUCCCUUGCUAACAAAUGGCACCAUCAUGAAAUAAAUGCAAUAUAGUGGCAUUCUGAGUUGCAUGGAAUAUUUGACAAGUCUGCUGACUAUCCUGCAAACCUAAUAGAUCAGGGGUCAGCAACCCUUUUCAGCCGUGGGCCAGUCCACUGUCCCUCAGACCAUGUGGUGGGCCGGACUAUAUUUUUGGGGGGGGAAAUGAAUGAAUUCCUAUGCCCCACAAAUAACCCAGAGAUGCACUUUAAAUAAAAGGACACAUUCUACACAUGUAAAAACAUGCUGAUUCUCGGACUGCCCACGGGCCGGAUUGAGAAGGUGCUUGGACCACAUCCAGCCCCCAGGCCUUAGGUUGCCUACCCCUGUAAUAGAUCCUUGCUUGAAAUAUGUCCUCAGCCAACAUAACUUGAUGCAAGAAUGCUAACUAAUGGGUAUUUAAAACAACAACAACACCAUGAAGUUUGUAAGGUGUAAUUUUUAAAAAAUGGAGGCACAUACCUGUCUUUGUCUUCUCAAAGGUAUCUUAGAAUAGUCUGCUUGUUGGGACCAUAGAAUAGUAGAGUGUUGACUAAUCUGAGCUGUGGCGGUUCUCUAGGAGCUCGUGAGAAAAGGGUCUUUCUCGUCACCUGCUAUCUGAGUGGUUUCUGGAUGUGCUUGCUUUAGAAAAUCUUUAAAAGCGCAUCGUAAGUGUCUUUGCUGCUGUAAAAUUGGUGGCACAGAUUGCAUACCCUCCAAAUCUCCCCUCUUGCUCUCUGAUCUUGGUCUUUGUGCACCGUUUGCUUAUUAAAAGAAAAUUGUGGGUAGAAGUCAUCUUCCAAAACUGCACUUUACCACUUGAAUGCUAGUUUUUAAUAUUGACACUGAAAUGUUCUGUGAAAUUUGUUUUAGGAAGUGCAAGCAGUGGGAGCAGCAGCAGCUCUACUAAGAACUUAUGGGUUAGUGGCUUGUCUUCUAACACAAAAGCCGCUGACUUGAAAAAUCUCUUCGGCAAAUAUGGGAAGGUAUGGUUCCGUUUAACAGUAUCAGUUAAUGAAUAUGACGUUGACUGAGGUUGCAAACAGUGUUCACACACUUGGGAGUGGUAUGGCUUUAAACACAAACAAACAAAUAAUAGUUUCACUUAAAAUAGCCUAGAUUUGAAUGUAUUGCUUAAAGUCUGCACAUCUCAGAACUGAAUCUUGACUGUUGAGCUAAAACCUACUUUUCUAUAUAAAAGAACAAGCCAGAAGCAAAAAAAUAAAGACUUCAUACAAUAACCUAUUAUGUGCAAACUAUGAGUACUUGGACAUUCAGCCAAAGAGUGUGGAGACCUAAUUUUCCAUCUUCUGGAGAGAAAUGCUAUUUUGUCCAGCUACCAGUCUUUUCUUCUGGAAUGUAUUUGGCACUUACUCUUUAAGAAACUGAUCUUACGUAGUGUCCUUGCAUGUGAACAGGAAGCCGGGCCAAAAUAUUUUAACUUAAAAUUGUUCCCCUACACAGUGUAGUAGGCACCAAAGGCUUGUGGGCUAUAUAACCAGAGGACUUGAGAGCAUAAGAGCCCUUCUGGUCCAACAUCCUGUUUUCACAGGGUGUAGCCGACUCACCCCACUAACUGCCCCCAAUUCAAUACAGCAGGCCCACUGCACAGUACGCGAACAAAUUUCUUCCAUUUACCACAGGCUAUCUUGUGGGGGCCUUGUGUGAGGGGAACUUUGUUUCAGGGAAUCUCAGGCAGGAGUUGAUCAAACAAGGAAAGUUUUAUUUACAAAAAGAGAUUGGUGAAACAAAGUUGGGUUAGGAAGAAGUUAACUUUUACUUAAACUAAAUAUAAAGAUGUCACAGGCUUAAACACAGUAGUAUAUGCACAUCUUUUCUUAAACUUCAGUUGCUAAAUAUCGGUUGCUGCACUUGAGGUAAAUGUUCCAGUUUCUAGAAUAGGUGGUGAAAUGCUUAACUCAGUUUCUCUUGUUCCUUUACUUGGUUAUGACAGGUCUUUUAGUUAAAUACUUUGGACACGGCACAGCUUCCUUCACGGCUUAAUGCUCUGUUUCGUGAUCUGUUUCAUCCUUUACCCCCUCUCUUAGCAAUCCCACUUCUGAGGUAUAAGAGACUUUGGAAUCCUCUUAGCUGGCUUGGGAGUCUUCUUUUCCUAGAAGAGCUCUCCCUGCCUGACGGGAAGGAGACGCAAGGGAAUUGUAGUCCCACAGCUUCUCCCUCCCCUGCUUAGACUCAGCCCUCCAGGCAACUCCUGUCUCCUCACACGGUCCUCCUCUCUUCAGUACGAGGCUCCUUCCUCUAGCUACAGAUAUUCUCCGCAGAGCGGAUGCUAAACUCACAUUUGAACCACUCUCUUGGACAAACCCAUUCCUAAUCCCUUUCUCCCAUCUCAAACCAAACUAAACCCUGUCUCGCUCCAGCUCUUUCUCUUCUCUAUCCCCAUCUCAAGGCUUCCUCAGAAGCUGCUCCUUUUAUGUGCCCCCCAUUCUGCUCCUCCCCCCUCUGUGGCCAGCUGACUUUGUAGCCAAUCAGAAAGAGGCUUCAACCCUCUGGUGGAACUCUGAGGGACCUCCCAUCACGUAGGGGCCAACCAAAAGCCUAUAUGGGAAGCCUGCAAGCAGAAUCUGAGUGCAACUGUGUUCGCCUCAGUUAUGCUUGCCAGCAACUGAUGUAGUGGAUUGCAUCCAGUUAAAUUCUACUCAGAGUAGACCUAUUGAAAUGGACACACCCAAGUUAGUCAUGCCCAUUAAUUUCAUUUAGUCUACUUGGCGUAUGACUAACAUUGGAUACAACUUGCUGCCUCCAAUAUGCUCCCGGGGAGUAGAAAGUCUCUAGUUGCAGGUGGAUCUUUAAUUUUGUUAAAGUAACAGGUAAGUGUGCAUGCUCGUCUUGUUCAGAAACUACAGAAAUUACAGUGGUACCUCAGGUUACAUACGCUUCAGGUUACAGACUCCGCUAACCCAGAAAUAGUGCUUCAGGUUAAGAACUUUGCUUCCGGAUGAAAACAGAAAUCUUGCUCCGGCGGCGCGGCGGCAGCAGGAGGCCCCAUUAGCUAAAGUGGUGCUUCAGGUUAAGAACGGACCUCCAGAACGAAUUAAGUACUUAACCCGCGGUACCACUGUAGUUUGGAGUCCAUCACUGUCUGGAGGCCCAGCAGUUCCCCAUCCUGACUUUAAUACUACCUCAGGGAAUGUUACUAGCUAAGAAGCAUAUUUUCUUCCCUUCCUUUUAAAAAACUGUUUGCCCCAUGUUCUUCCAUGUACACUCACCUUCAAUUGAAGAGACUGGCAGGCCGGGUUAGCAAAAACUGAGUUCCAAGCCUGGCUCCUAAUGGUUGAAAGUAAAGCAGAUGCCACACUAAGUGGUGGCAGCAAUUGAUGCUAAAGUAAAUUUUGAGAGCCAGCAACGCUAACCUGUUGAAGUUUCAGGGAAGGAGACAGAGAGAUGCCAGUGCUCUUUUCUUCUCUACCCACUUUCCAGUAAGGGGCAUAAACUACUAUUCAUGCCCAGCCUUUUCAGGUUAUGACAGUCAAAAAUAGCAGGCUAUCAUAACACUAGAUACAGGAGGAAGAGGAUAUGGGUUUGUAUGUUGGAACAAAGAUCGUACAUCUUGAUGUAAACGAGCAGCAGUUAAGCAAAGGGAUGAAAAUAGUGACCUCUUUAGUAAUGCAAGAGGAUCUCACACUUGUCAAAGUGUAUCUCACCAUUUAUCUAGAAGACAAUUUCUAAACUGCCAAGUCAUCUAAAAUAUAAUGGCAUUGUACAAUAUUAUAAUUAAUACGUAAGAUCAGUAUUUACAGUGCAAAUAGCCAAUUCUGCAUUCAAUUAAUCUCUAAAAAUGCUUGGCAAAACCGACAGUUUCAGCAGACAACAGACUAUCACAAUCCUCAGGUUUCAGUAGAAAGUGUUCUAAAGCCCUGGAGCCACUUUGCUUUAUUUAAAAAAAAAGAAAAGUAUUGGUUCACAAAAAAUAAACAAGUGAUAACUGUGUGACAGUCGGUAGGGCUUCUCCAGAUGAUGGUAGUGUAUAAGGGACAAUGUGGUCCUUCAAGUAACCUGGUCCUAGGGUUUUUAGGACUUUACACACAAACAGUGGUAUAGGCAUAGGAAUUGUGCACAUGUGCACAGUGCUGAACCCAGAAGUGACCCGAAAAGUCACUCAGCACGUCACAGAAAGGGUGGGGUGGGCUUAUACAUGCAUGGGUGCUGGGAAUGGAACCUCUGUGCAAAAUGCUUGCCUACUGUACUUUGAAUGUAGCGCCAUAAUAUACUGGAAGCCAGUGCAGAGCUUUCACCACUGGUGUAAUGCAGCUGAUGCAGAGCUAGUGUAACCAGAAGCCACACCCAACAUUCUGCACUUGCUGCAAUUUCUGAGCCAGCCUCAAGCGUAGCCCCACAUAGGGCAUAAUACAAUAGAGGUUACCAAAGCCCACAUCACUGUGACCUUAGUAUCCAUGUCUGGGAAUGGUCAUAACUCAAUCUGAGGAAAAGCACUUGGCCACUGAGGAUGUGGUUUUUGCCAUAUAAACUGCCUAAAAUGGGCUCGUAAGAAAGGUACAUUUUAGCAGGGCUGUUCCCCUACCAGCAUCAUGCCCAAGCUUGCAUGUAUCAUUCAUGCAUUCUGACCACUUUCUUGGUGCAACAGUAAUGUUCACUUGUUUUUCUUUGCAAGAAGACAGGUGUCAUCAUCACACACACACCUCGACUAAAAAGCUGCUUUUCUCCUGGCCAGCAAACCUGAUGUUGAGGCAUACAAAUUGCCAGGUCUAAUGUGGCAUCAGAUCAUAAUGACAUAACUUGUCUGUGAAUUUUUCUCUGGCUGUCCCAGUGCAUGAGAUGUAUGCAGCCUAGUUGCUUACUGAUAUUUAGGUAUUGCCUCAGGAUGUAGAGUAGCAAAUGAUGAAGAUGUCAGUUUAAAACCAUGACUGUUUCCAUUUCUUUUUCUUACAGGUUCUUGCUGCAAAAGUGGUGACCAGUGCCCGGAGCCCAGGAGCCAAGUGCUAUGGCAUUGUGACCAUGUCAUCGAGCACAGAAGUGGCAAGGUGUAUAAGCCAUCUUCACCGUACAGAGCUGCAUGGGCAACAAAUUUCCGUUGAGAAAGUAGGUGUGAUGUGCGCUCUCUUAACAGACAGGGGCAAUAUCUGUGGAGGGGAAGAUGCAUCUCUUCAAGAAACUGGGAGGGAAGAACUUAUCCCUUCAGAAGAGGGAUGCCACCUCCUUGACUGCUCAUUGGGCCUUGCUGACCUGUUCCAACCUUGAGGAAAUGGGCUGGGUUUAAAGUAGAUGCCGUUGGAAGUGAACUCAAUCUGAAACUAAGCCAGGCUGCACAUUUCAUAUCUAGACCAACAAACAGUUGGUCUGAUUUGGGAAGGGAAAUGCUUUAGCAGUUAGGCCGGCAUCCUACUGAAUUAUAACAGUGUUAAAUAAUUUGGAGCAAGUUCUUAUGUGACUCUCCUCCUACAAUGUAUGUAUGGGAUGGGCUUCCAAAAAUCAAAAAGGAGGAGCUGGAGCUGUAUUGGAAUUUGUUAUCCAUGGUUUCUCCAGGGUGCUGUCCUGUGAUCUUCUGUUUCCUCCUCCGCCUCAUACUCUUGAGUAGCAGUUGGCUGGAUAUAUAACAGAAAGCGAUGACUGGUGGCAAAAAGAAAUGCAUCCCGUUUAAAGUUUAUUUUAGUCCGUUGAGAAGUGGCUCUAUGCUACACGUCCUGGUUGGCAGUCAAUGUGUAACGUACUUACUUUUAAAAAAUAAAUUGCAGGUAAAAGGUGAUCCUUCCAAGAAAGAACUGAAGAAAGACAAUGAUGAGAAAUCUGGCUCUGGUAGAAAUCCUGGAGAAAAGAAGAUGACUUCAAGCGACAAAGCCAGCAAGUAAGAGCCUGAUCCUGCAACUUUUGUGUAACCAGAAUUUGUUUGGAAAAAACAUGAGCCCAAGUGCUGCUUCCUAGCAUGGCUAUGUGUUCCCUCUUUUUAAAACAAAAAUAAAAAAAUGGUUCAUUAGCAAAAGCUGGAUUCGGCAACCUAUAUAAAGUAUGCAGACUGAGGAGAUAUGCAUAAUACUGCUCUUGCUAGACAAGACAAGGGGCAAGGAGCUGUGUAGCAUGCUAAAUACUCACUCCCACCUACUAAAAAACUUCCUUAGUCACCUCUCUGGUUUGAGAUUUCAACCUUUUCUGCCCAUGUGCAUUCAAGCGUAUUUGAUAACCAUCUAUCAAUAAUCCAUCAGAACCAGAAACUUGCUUUUUCUUCAAAUUAUAGUUAUACAGGCAACCCUGAUUUUCUCAAGGGUUGUGUUGUUGGUCCACACGCACAUUAGCGGCACACAUAAUCCUGCCUCGUUUCACUUCCAUUCUGCCCUCUUCCAGGUCCAAAAGGACCCACACGUCAGUCACCGCCUGUAUAUAAAACAUGCAGUAACAAAGUUAUUGUGAAUUUUACUUUGCUCACUAACUCAGUCCAUAACUCAUAAAUUUCAAUCCAUUUAACUUUGUAACUUUAAUGGCUAUCCAAAGUCCUUCCCACUACUAAACAAAAAAAUAGUUUCUCAGAAAGUGAAUUCUAUACCACCCCUGUUUGUUACCUUUUUUAGGACCCUCUCCAAAAAGGAGGAUAAGAAAUCUGACAAAUCUGAGAAGAAAGAAAGCAAGGAUGGGAAGAAACCUGAAGGCAAAGAAGAGAAGAGUGACUAUGGAUCCAGUUGUCCUGCUCAAGACCCUAUGAAAACGGCAGAAGAAAAAAAGCGAAUAAGUAUGCAUUGCAGCUACUCUCCUUACAAACAAAUCUCGACCAUGUACUUGGGUCCCUACUAUAUUAUGCUAUUGCUUUUUAUGCUAAUGCUUUGAAAAGGAUUAGGCUGUAUAGUCAUACAUUUUUCAGGCAGUGAACUGGCAUUUUAACAGGUAUCACCUAGAGUUUCUCUUAAUGUUAACAAAUCUGCUUUGAAUAUUUUAGAGUGGAGUAGUGUUAGGCUCACUUGACACAAAAUGGUGGUGCAGGGGCAGCGCCAGUCAGAAAAUGGUGGCAUAUGAAGGCAGAAUUUGGCAGUCAGUUGAAAAUUACUGAUGUCACUUUCUAAUCUUACAUGCCUUUGGAAAUUGCUAAAUUCUUUGUCGCAGUGUUUUCAUUGUAGCAAGGAGUUCUAUGGUUCAGCUUUCCUCAAGUUAAGAACAGACAUUUGCACUGGAGGUAUUGUGAUUUAGCCUCCCCCCUUUCAGCAGAAUUUGCUGAUCCAGAAGUUCUAAAUGGGGAAGCCCUUUUCUUUUCCACUCUCACAUGCUCUCCAAAGUGUUUUUACCCAUCUCCUGUAAAUUCUUCUCCCAUUGCCCCCUUUCUCUUGUACUUUAUCCACAUGCAUACUGUAGUGCCAGCUUCUUUCAUCCCUCCUCCCUGAUUUUUUACUUUCACUUCUUCCUUCUAUAGCAGCUUCCCUAUCACACCCUCUUCCAUUCUUAUUCCCGGUUUGUUUGCUAUUAUUUAAUAGCAAACUUUUCUCUCACUUUCUAAUUUCCUUCAACACUUCCUCUGGCUCUUUCUUCCCUCUUCUCCCUGCUCCUCUCCCCACCCUGCACUCCAAACACUUCUGUCUCUUGGCCACUUUUACUCAGCAUGCAAAGAGUUGCUGGUACUGUCCUUGUUCCAGCCAAAAAGCUGUGGCAGGACUGGGAGGCAGGAGAGGCAAAGAAAGAGGUGUUGGGCAGGCUGUGGCCCUUAGGGCCAACCUAAAGAUAUUCCAAGGCCCACUAUUUAAGAACCAUGGAUCUAGAACAAUUAGCAUGGCUUCUUGUAAAAUCCAAAUCCAAAUUAGUUGGCCUUUACAUCAGAAAAAUUACCUUUAAAAUCUUUUUUUACAUGUUCCUGGAACAUAUACAGACUUAGCAAAAUGGCUUUUGUGUUUUUUCUUAUGUGAAUAAUUAAGCAUGUAAUUUAUCUUCCAAAGGUGUAAAAAGUCCAAGUCAUAUGGUAGUCCUAGACCAAACAAAAGGAGACCAAGUUCACACCAGGACAAUAAGAAGGGGACGGUUUGAAAAAGUAAGUAUUGCUCAAAACAUUAGUCUGUUUAGGCCCUAAUUCGGUUUUUGUGAGAGUUGGUUUUAGCUGAGACAGAGGAGUGAUGGGGUGCUGUGUCACAAAGGAGACUAGCUAACCACAAUUUGACUUCUUUCUGAAGCCUAGGCAACUAUAAGGCAGCUCUCACAGCAGAGUUUGGAAGUUCACUUACAAACAGUGAAUUUUUGCAAAAGUCUUGAUUAAAUGCUGCAGUCAAGAUUGCUAUGCAAGCAUCACUCCUACCUCCUAUGCAAUUGGCUCUUCUGGAGAAAGAUUUGAUGGGGGUCUGGAGUAGGAGGCACUUCCCACUUCCUCUUAGAGCCAGUCUUUCUCUUGCUGCCUCUGUAAGCAAACUUCCGUUUCACCUAAGACCCUGUUAUAAACUGUUCUUAGUGGGAGUUUGUUCUUUAUUUUACAGAGAAAGGGAGCUCUUGGGCAUUGGGACCCUUCAUAGUCUCCACAAGAAGCCAGAUGACUCUUGGCAUGCUGUAAACAUGUAAAAGUGUCUCUAAUUCUCAUAUUUAUAUAAAAAAAACUUGUCUCCAGCCACCUAUGUUAAGGAACAAAGAGCGUUUUCUUCAAGACAAAAUGAAGUUCAGAGACUACCGGGGCAGAAAGGACAUACUGCCUUUUGAGAAGAUGAAGGAGCAGAGAAUGAGGGAGCACAUUGUUCGGCUAGAGCGAAUUCGCCGUGCUGUAGAGUUACGAAGGUAGGAGGGAUGCUCGACACUUUGUCGCCAUCAAGCUUCUCAGGUGCUUGGGGAAGACACCACCUUGAGGCCAAAACUAGACUCUGGCAGUUGGACUCCUGUUUCCAGGCAUCUCAUUGGCACUGAGAGAGGCAGGGAUGAUCCGCAGGAUGGAAGUGGUGAAUGGGAGGAGGGGUGCUUAACCUUUUUGUCCUCCCAAGUUCUAGACAGGAGAGUUCAUGGCAAGCAUGUAGUCCUAUGUAGCUCCACCCUAAUAUGAUGGUUGCUAGUGGAAGAGGAGAAGAACAAAAGGUGACACCAGUGAAAUGCAAGAUGCUUCAGAAAUCAUUACUCACAAUGAUGUGGGAGAGAAGAGAGAAAUUGCAAAGUUUUCUGCACAAGUGCAGUUACCCCCACCCCAAAUUGCACACUCUGGAGGAACCCCAUGCCCCGUUAUAACAAACCCCAGAGCAUCCCUCAGAGCAGGUUGAUGUUACUGCCAUUGUCUGUAGAGAGUUCUCCGCCCAUCUUGCUCGCCAAAGCACAAGAAUCUGGCAAGUGUAUUCUGCAGUAACUUUUUCAGCGUUGCCGUAACCAUCAGUUGUGUGACUAACGAAGGAAGUCAAGUCCCAAAGGAACACCUUGUUCACUUGUUGGCCUUGGGCCUAAAAAGGCUGCCUGCAGCUGCCCCACCUUUGAAGCUCCCGCUUUUUGCAGGCGAAGAGAAAUUGCCGAGCGAGAGAGAAGAGAGAGGGAGCGCGUCAGACUCCUCCGUGAGCGUGAAGAGCGUGAGCGUUUGCAGAGGGAGAGGGAGAGGCUGGAAAUUGAGCGGCAGAAGCUGGAGAGGGAACGGAUGGAACGAGAGCGCUUGGAGAGGGAGCGUAUCCGUAUUGAGCAGGUGGGUUUCCCUCUCUUUUAUUUUCUGUUGCUUGCAGUCUCUAGCUUCUUUGAAGGGUGUUAGCACUAGUUCCCUAGUAACAGAGACUCCCACCAGGUGCUUUCUCUGUCACGUAGAGCCCAGGAACUUGUCUGCUUCUUUACAUAGUUGAACUUUCUGGGAUACGUUUUGGUGCUAAGGUCCAGUUUCUGCCAUUGCAACAAAAUAUGCAAAUUGAGCCGAGUCUGCCUAGUCUUAAUUAGCACAACUUGGUCCAUCAGUAAUGGCAUGAUGGGAGGAACCGAUGGGGACCAUGAAGAAGGAUAUGAGUGCAGCUGAAUACUUUUUAGUAUUGGAUUGUUAGGUUAUGUGGUUUCUGAGGAGGGCUGGUAACAUCAGCAUUGCACUUUGUGUUGAAACCCUUUCAAAACACCAGGCACAUCCACUUCGCUGCUCCUUUGGAUCACUUUGAGCUCUUGUAUAGUUGUCGGUGCUAAUUCUGCUACUUUCCCAAUUGUAGCUGAAGUUCUAUGGCAGGGAUGGGGCACUGGUGGUUCUCCAGAUGCUGCUGUACUACAACUCCCAUCAGCCUCUGCCAGUAUGGCCAAUGGUCAGGGAUGAUGGGAGUUGCAGUCCAACCUCUGGAGGGUCACAGAUGUUCCCCAUCUGUGUCCUCUGGCCUUCCCAAUGGGUUAACUUCUUCCAGUGCUCUUUAGAGAUUCUUUCUCUUCUCCUGGCUAGGAGCGUCGCAAGGAAGCAGAGCGGAUUGCUCGCGAAAGAGAAGAGCUUCGGCGCCAGCAGCAGCAGCUUCGUUAUGAGCAGGAGAAGAGGAAUUCCCUGAAACGGCCUCGGGAUGUUGAUCACAGGUAGUGCUUUUUUUCUUUUCAGGCUGGAUGCCUGCUCCUCUGUCCCAUCGGCCCUGACAAAGCACAAAACAAAUAAAUGUGUGUGGCAGCUUGGAGUCCUAACAGCCGUGUGUCUCUUCCCCACCCCAUUAGGAGAGAGGAGCCCUACUGGAAUGAAAGCAAAAAGAUUUCCUUGGACACAGAUGCACGUUUUAGCCAUGGGUCUGAUUACAGCCGGCAGCAGAACCGCUUUAGUGAUUUUGACCACCGAGACAGAGGGCGAUACCCAGAGGGUACCGCAGUGCAGACUUCCUUUGACAGGUAUGCUUGGGGAUGAUGGUCGCAAAAGUACAUUCUGAUGUUGUCAUGAUUCAGUAAUGGAAGGGUGGCCUCAAGUGGAGCAGACUUCCUCAGGAAGUUGUGGACUCUCCUUCAUUGGAGGUUUCUAAGCAGAGAUUGGAUAGCCAUCUGCCAUGGAUGCUUUAGUUGAGAUUCCUACAUUGCACUGGGUUAGAGUAGAUGAGCCUUCUAUAUCUAUGAUUCUAAGUGCCCCACAAUCAUUUUCAUCCUGGGAUACAGUUUCCACCAUUCAAAUGUGUGUUCCCUUAGUUAGAGAGGACAAGGUAUUCUGAUUCUUGAAGUGUGAUCUCAGAAAUAAGUUAUUAUUACAGCUGGGAAGUUGCUGUUUGUUACACUAGUGCCGGGGUCGGCAACCUAAGGCCCAUGGGCCACAAGCGGCCCAUGGGGGUCAUUUAACUGGCCCAUGUACUCCCUCCGCCCGCUCGGUCGGCUCCCAUGCAUGGCGCAGAGCAGGGACCGCCUUCCGCAACGAUGGCCAGCUUCCCAUUGGCUGCAGGAAGCUCCUGCAGCCAGUGGGAAGCUGCGCACGCCUCCUCCGCACCAGAAGGAGCGCCGGAAAUAGCGUUUGCACAUGCACACACACACUGACCCACCGCAGCGUCUGCGGGACCGUGAACUGGCCCAAGCCACAAAAACUUUGCCAACCCCUGCACUUGUGUGUUCUUGGGUAAUGGGAAGUGUAGUCCAACAAUAUCUAUAGCAGAGAUGGGGAAUCUGGUGCCUUCCAGCAUUGCUGGAUACCAGUUCCCAUCAGCCCCAGCUAGCCUGGCCAGUGGUCAAAGAGGAUGGCAGUUGUGCUCCAACGGCAUAUGAAGGGCACCAGAUUCCACAUCCCUGAUCUUGGGUAAGAAAUAGAAAUCAACAUGCUCUGAAUAAAACAUAGUGACUGCCUUGGGAUCUUUCCCCUGUAUUUCUGCUGUCUUUUGUUUUCAAAACUGUUUUUGUGGGUCUUUCAACCGUAAUAAAGAAUGUGUGUGUGAUCUUGGGGGCACCAUAUUGGCUACUUGUGCUAGGCUCUGAUUUUCAAGAUGAUAAGUUUGCAGUGUGAUCUGAAGCAUGUUUACUCAGGUGGCAGUGGGAUUUACUCUGGGACAGAGGAGAGGAUCUAGUAGAUUUCUGCAUGGAUUGGCGAAAGUGACUCUCAACUGUUAAACAAUAGUAGCAACACAAAAGCUCCCCCCUUCUUAAUUACCUUAGUUCUGCUAGUAUCAAUUCUGUGAUACUGAAAAUAAAUUUCUGGGCUGAGCAUGUGCUUACAUUGCUCCUAAAUACUAGCUCUUAAACACCCCCCUCCCGAGCCCUGGUUGGUGGAUUUCCGCUUGCAGGCUCAACUUUGUGCUUUACUAGAAGCCCUAGAAGUCUGCCCACCCUCAGGCUACUCUGGUUACUUGCAGCUGUAUCCCUAAUAUCCUCAUAAUGAUAAAUCAAGCAGCAAAGCACCUUGGGGUAUGGCGGGCAGAUGCUGUGCCAGACACAGAACCAGUUUAGGGAGUGACCCUUAAUCUGAAAAACUCUUGCCUUUCUGAACAGGCGGGAACGAUUUGUCAACCAAAGUGAUGGGAAAAAAGCUCGGCCAACCACCAGAAGGGAGGAGCCUGGGUUUGAAAGAUACCCAAAAAGCUUCAGUGAAUCCAGAAGAAAUGAGCCCCCUCAGCCCCGAAACGAACUCCGUGACAGUGACCGGCGGGAAGUGAGAGGAGACCGCGAUGAGAGGAGGACUGUGAUAAUCCAGGACAGACCUGAGAUCCCUCAUGGCCGUCACCCACGAGAGGCUGGGACCAACUCAUCCCGGCAGAGUUCUUGGAAGGGUGAAGGAGGCAUCAACCCUGACAAGCGAGAUGCCAGGUGAUUCUUCAGCCUGGGUUAAUAGCUGGGAUGUGCAGGUUCAUUCCUGCCCAAAACUUGGGGUGGGGAUAUGUAUAGGUGGCUGUAAUUCACCAAGACAGAACAGGUAUGGCUCUGUUGCCCUUUCUUCAACUGGAAAUUCUUCAGAGUGUGGGAUGUGCUGGGUAGAGAGGGAAGAUCUUGCUACUUUGCCCUGGCCCAUUUGCAGCCUGUCACUUGUGCAUCAGCCUGGCUGUGUAAGAAUCGGAGUGCUUUUCCUCAAUAUGUUGGGUCUGUGCCUGUUCUAUAAGAGGCCUUCAGGCUCAUUAUAUUUUGAUCCUUGAUAUGCUCCAACGCAUUAAUACUUAAUUUCUAACCUAGAUUUCUUUUAACACACUUCUUUGGGUGCCAUUCUUGGCAGUGAACAGCAUGACUUGCAUGUGCCUAAACUGAGCAAAUGCCAUGUUAAAUGACUGGGAUUCCAUGUCAUCUUCUAUUUUGCAUACUGGUGAGCAAAUGGACAAUAUAGGCCCUUCAAGUCACAGUUAGAAAGAACCCUCUUGAGUGAGGUGAUGCUUGCCUGGUCUGCAGAUUUCCUUGCCAAGCAGGGGCGAUUUUCUAAACCUAGUUGGGACAGGCCAAGCGUUACUUUCCUUCCCCAGUCAGCAGGAGGCAAACUAGAUUGCUUUAUAUUUUUGGCACAUUUAGACUGCAGCCAGUCAGCUAAUGGAAACACAUAUGGGGUUGGCUGGAAGUGCACAGAUAGUAGGAGAGAAUUGUUUGCACUUCCACAAUUUGAGGAAGGCAACUUUAUUCUAAGGUGUUAAGAGCAAUGAGUAAAAUGGAGCCCCCCCAAUUCAAGGUGUGAAUUAUUACUUACUGUACCGUGUUGACUCUUUCCUUCCGCAGAGAGAGGCCAGAAAGAUCAGGCCGAGAAGUCUCUGGACAUUCUGGGAGUCGUAGCAGCACAUCUGGCUACGGAAGCCGGGAAGCAGAGCGCAGUGUGAUGGAGCGUGGAAGUGGGGGGCAGGUAAAUGGAAGGGGGCCUUUGCUCACUUGGUGGAACGUGGCAGGGGGCCAUAAUUAACAUGCAUAUUCUGAUUAGGAAUGUGGUGAUUGGUCUUUGUUGCAUUUUCUGUAAGGUCACUUGCGCAGAGGGAAAGGCAAGGUAGUUUUCGUCUGCUAAUUUGGGGUCUAGUUUCACUUCAUUUGUAUACCACCUUCUGGCCAAAAUAUUUGACCCUUUAGGCAACUGAUACUAUAUUGCUACUACAUUCUUUAAAAACCCAUCAAAAUAAUGAAAAUGAUGAAUCACUAAGAGAAGCAGAAAACUGUUCACUUAGUAGCAUGACAAAAACAGAAGUAUCAAAGCAAAGCAGUGAGGUAGCCAAGUGGGUUGAUGAUACCAAAUGGUUCGAGAUAGAUGAAAUAAAAAGGGAUUGUGAGGCGUUCAGAAAGGCUCUCUCUAAACUGGCUGAAUGGACAGUAAAAUGGUUAGCCUAAUUCAGCAUAAUCAAGUGUAAAUUGACAGGGGGGGGGGAAUCUUAACUCUGAAUUAAUGGAGACUCUUUAGGAAUGAAUCCCUGGGAUUGUAGUGGAUAGCUUGAAAAUGUCAACACUGUGGCAGCUGGAAAAAGUGGAUUUCCUGCUAGGAGUCAUUAGGGAAAGAAUUAAAAAUAGAACUGCCAAUAUCAUACUGCUGUCAUGCAAAUCUGGUGUGACCACAUAUGGAGUACUGUGUACUGUUCUGAUCGCCUCACUUCAAAAAGGAUAUUGUAGAGUUGCAAAAGUUUCAGAAAAGAGCAACCAAAAUGAUCGUGAGGAUGGAGCAACUCCUUUAUGAGUAAAGGUUACAGCAAGACAAAAAAAAGUACUUCAUAUAGUGCAUAGUUAACUGUUGUAGUGAUGGACACCAAUUUGGAUGGCUUUUAAAAAGAGACGUAGACAAAUUAUUUUUGUGUUCUGCCUCCCCUGUCAAAAGCAUUAUGAUUCUAAAUGCCAGUUGCUGAGAAUCGUAAGUGGGGAGAGCACUGCUGCACUGAGGUUCUGCUUGCUUAGAGGCCGCUAUGAGAACAGGUGGCUGGACUAGAUGGGCUUUGGGUCUAAUCUAGCAAGGCUCUUCUUAUGUUCUGUGCUCCUGGUGAGUGAAUGGCAGCUGGGCCUGGCAGACUUCGUAGGGAAGAACAUUGAGAGGAUGGACCACCAGUGAGGGAGCCCUGCUUGACGCAGCCACAAGGGCAGCCUCUAAAAGCUGUUCUGACUCAAGAGUCUCCUGGGGUGGCCCCCACAAAUGGGGAAGUCAUUUUAUGGAAAAGGCUUUUCCAACUUGCUGUGCCCCCAGAUUCUUUAGGGCUGAAAAGUCAAGAAGCAGCAUUGCAAAGUUUGUCUGGCAACCAGUACAGAACGCACUGUUUCUAAAAGCCAAGCUGCUGCCUUUUGACAGGCUGGUGCAUUGGGGUGGUCACUGAGCCCAAGCUGGUGACUGCUGUAUGAUCGUAUGAUUGGUCGAUUGCAUUUAUAUCCUACCUGCUUCUCCAAGGAGCUCAAGGUGGUGUACAUGGUUUGCCCCCACUUCAAUUAAUCCCCACACAAUAAUCAUGUGAGGUAGGUUAAGGUUGAGAGGCAGGUCACCCAGGGAGCUUCAUAGCCAAGUGGGGAUUUUAACCCUGGUCUCCAAGGUCCAGGUCUGACAGUCUAACUACUACACCACACUAGCUCUCAUUUUUUUGUGAGUAAAACCUUGUCUUGCCGGGCUGAUGUUGUCUGCUCUGUGCUUCCUGCCUUCACUUGAUUUUGGGAAGCGUGAUUAUUGUACAGUAGAGUCAGAGCAGAUGGAGGGGAACGCUUCACCUUUUCCCUGGAGAGCCACCUUAGGCAUCACACUCUGAGGAGAAAUCCUCAGCAUUAGCGGUUGCUUAACAUGGAAGGAUGGGUGUCCAGUUGAACAGAAGCCCUCUUUUCCCAUCUCCCCACCCACCAUAGUCCCUUUUGUUCUUCAGAGAAAAAUCAAGAACAGAAAUGUGUAUUCCUCCUAAUGGGCUGUGCAAAGCGCUUUGCAUGCUAGCCUCUCGUUAUAUCCAAAUUUGAGGUUUUCUUAGUGCAACAUCCAAGACACAAUGCAUGCAAACUCAGAAUAUCGGUGCAAAAAGUGUACCUAUGUGGGUGUUGUCCUUUAUAGUCCAAGGGCUGAACUUGAGACAAAUUGAAAGCCCCUGAUGUAGAACAUGAUUUGCAGAACAUUUCCUGCUUUUGUUGGCGCUGCUCCUCUGAAGUUCUUCCGAAAGAGCUGCGAACCUUCCCAGGAUGCACAUCUAGAGAACGCUGUACUGGAGCCAAGUGUGUGCAGCUGUUCUUCCUUUGGGUCCGUUUAGGAAACACAAGUCAAAAGGUGGUGGCGCUAGCAGAGUAACCUCCCGUGUCCCUUUCUAGCAUUAUAAUGAAGAUCGCCACGUGGUUGAGCGGCAUAGCCGUGACGCUGGACCAAGGAAAGAAUGGCACGGGCCCAGUUCACAGGGCAGCAGCUAUCACGACACAAGGCGGAUGGGAGAUGGCCGAGCAGGAGGUGGCAUGAUGUCUCCCCACUCAAGGUACCUGUGACGCUUCUUGCUUCCCCACACCCUAAAAUAUCACACUUCUGAGGUUGCUUCUAAAACUCAGCUUUACAUAUAGGGCUGAAAAAGGUCACAUUCAGAUUCAAGGAGCACCCACCUGAUUGGUGUGCUGGGGUGCCCAAGUUUCCAUUAGGACGGUGUAUGCCACCCGCUCCCCAUAACUGGUUCGGAGCCCACUUUGAAUUGGCCCUGAGCUCUGGAUUUCAGUCUAAAAAAGAAAGCUUCAGGAACCCCAGCAACUUGCAUUGAGACACCAAAAUCACCAUUUUCUUUACAUGGGUGUGAGGAAUUUGGAGACAUGGUAGCCCCUAUAAGAGGGGUUUAACUCUGCCACAUUUCAGGCAGGUGGUUUACUUUUUUACUCUGGAUCACCCCGGAUCUCUGAGGCAAUGCCGGAUUGGGUACUCUGCCCCCACUGCUGGCACAAGUCUGAGUUGCCCUGAUUGAGGAUGGGAUUCAGUGCAGACUUUGGAACUCUGUUCCUAGAGAAGUUGGACUGGCUCCCUCCUUGUCCUUCUGUCAGCAGGUGAAUACAUUUUUAUUCCAGCAGAUCUUUAGGAACUGGCUGUUGAAGGAAUGGUUGGUGCUGUGGAGUUUUUAAUGUUGUUAUCAUCUGUAUUUUUAGUAGUUUUUAUAUAGGAUUUUUUCUAUUUGUGUUCAAUUACUGUUAAAUGAAUAUCUUGCCAAUGUUUUUAGCUUUUUAUCUUUAAGCCACUUGAGUCCCAGUCUAGGAAAAAGAUGGGAUAGAAAUAAAUGUAAUAACAAUAAUUCCUACGACUCAGUGGAAGCUUGGCAGUACAGUUGAGUAAGCUUUGCAGAGAGUUUCAUGACCGCAUAGAAUAUUGUCUGAAUCUAGUUGGGCUUUGGAAACACAUGAAACUUAACUACUCAUAUUGUUAGUUUGUAACCAUGAUGCCUGAGCAGAUAAAGCUUGACCAGUGAGGAAAUUGGACAGAGGCCCUGGGCCUGGGACCGUCUCCCAUGUGUGUGAGGCAGACAUAGACAUUUCCUGGGCAGCAUCUGUAUAGGUCACAGUAUAAGAUCCAGGAGUUCGGUUGGGCACCUUUUUAAAGCUCUCUGCACCUGAACAUGAUUACGCUGAAUGUUGUCCAGCAUGGGUUGCUAGCUCCCUGAUGCACACCAAGGAGUGUUCUGUCCCCAGUCUCAAAAAAAGUAGCUGCUGUUCUCUCAGUAGCCUGCCAGUCUCAGCGCAUGGUUGAAUGGGAGCUCUCCAAUGUGUCAGCCUUUACACCUGUAACAAGAUCAGGUUGUGAGAACUUUGCCUUGCUCAGCACUCUGGAUAGUGAGAUGUUAGUUCCUCUGAAACUUCUUUUUAAAUCUGCUUCUUUUUCAACUUUUAUUCCAGUAAUUCUUCGCCCAUUAAUAGAGUUGUACAGAUUACGGGCAAUUCCAUGCAGAGGGGAAGUGGUUCAGGAUUUAAACCGUUUAAGAGUGGACCACCACGAAGAUUCUAAGCCUGCUGACCUGCUUGCCCCCCCCCCCCCUUGGUUUCAAGAUAACUUAUUGGAAAUCUUUUAUGAACGAAGAAGCCUUGGCUAAGAGAACUUGUCUUUUUUUAAUUUUACCAUAAUUACUUUUUCCUCUUUGUUGGAGGCAUUUUAAAUAAGUUAGGCUGUUUGGAUUUUGGAUAGUUCAUUGUACUUUUUUGAUGAGCAUUUCCCCCUGUAACACUAGGAGCUCUGAAAUUAAUUGGAACCAAACAUGUGAACCGCUGUACAAAGAGAUGAUUUGUUUUGCACCCAGUAGUUUAAUUUACAAUUUAGCUCUGUGAUGUCAGGCUUGAAAAUUAGGUACUUACCACAAAACACACAGAUAACCCAAUUGUACAUUAGAAUGGGUAGAUAAUAAGGGUUGGGUUGGUUGUUUGAUUUCUGGGUAUUAUGUAACCUAUUUUUGGAGAGUUGUUAAACUGAGUGGAUCUGUAUCCUGGCCACUGUAUCCUUUUGAAAUAAAGCUUCAUAAUCUGUAUUGCCA